AUGUGGAAGCUUCCUGAUUUGGAUAAACUUCCAGGUGGUUUCAGAGGAAAGGUGUAUAACCGACGAGACUGGACUGAUUAUUUAAAAAAAAAUACAGAUAUCAUACAGCAAGAGCAGAUUAAAAAUGGAGGAAGAAUGCAUUUAAAGCCACCUCCUAAGGGAUGGAGGAAAAUGGAUUUACCACAAUAUAUGAGAAAUAAAUAUGCUUUAAGAGAAAAAGCCAUGAAGUUGGAUCUUUCCAAAACAAAGAGGCUGAGUAGGACUGCAAUGGAUGGAAUAAAAAUGCUACAUAAGAAAUAUCCUAAAGAGCUCACGACGCAAAAGUUAUCCGAGUUCUUUAAAAUCUCACCUAUAAGUAUUUCGAAAAUCCUCAAAUCGAACUGGCGACCAAGUUCUAGUGAAAAGGAGAAGAAGCAGGAGCACUGGAAGAAAAGAGGGGCCAAAUUAAUAAAAGAGCAAAUGCUUGAUCAAAAGCUUAAUGAGUAUUUCAAAGAGAAAGAGGAGGAGUUAAAAAUGGAAAUACCGUAUUUCGUCAAACAAGAACUUUCAAGUUAUGUUCAUCUCCAUGCAAAGGAAAAGCUAGGGAAAAUUUUUGAUAGCUUGAAUGAAAUUCGGGAAAAAAGUCAAAGAAUUAAAGAUGAGGGAAAGGAAUCUGAGUUCCAAGGCCGAUAA